AUGGACGUCCUAGGAGUUCAGCCUGGCAGCUCCGCUAGUAAAGCUAUCGCUGUAGACGACGACGAUGAUGAUGAUGAGGACUACGCGGAUGACGGGGAUCGCGAUACACCGAUGUCCAGCAACCCCGAGACGCCUACAAAGAAGCGCAAGCUCGGCGAUACUCCAGGUCCCUCACCAGCUAAGACUCCCAGCCGCCGCGGUCCCCCAAAGACCCCCGAAGGCAAAACAGCAAUGCCAAGCACGGACUUCAGCGAGCUCAGGAAGAAGUUCCUCCUUGAUCAAGUCACGCAACAUUUAGCGGAGAACUCCCAGAGCAAAGUGCCCGGGCAGAUCGAACCGCGCGUCGUCGAUAACAUGAUGCUCGAGACGCUCGAACAUUGGUCGCAACCGCUUCACGAGUUCUUCAACACGCUCGAAGGUCAGAUCGUCGAUCAAAUCAAGGUCGUGUUCCACAAGCACUUUUCCAAGUACCAGGGAUCGAUCUUCUGGCGCACUGCUUGGGAGAUCGUUGAACAAAUGGUCAGCUUGAACUUUACUGAGCAGCGCAGCACCAUGGCCAACGAGAGUCUAAACGACGAGAAGGAAGGCCCUUUCAUCUUUCACGACGAGAUGUUCGAGAUUGAGAAGGAAGCGGUACUAGAACACUAUCGUCAAGCUCGGUUCAAGGCCCGUCUCAAUAUCUACAAGCGCGAUAGAUUGAAGCGUACAGGGAAGGAGACUACCCCGCAAGAAGAAGAUAGGAUGAGGAAGGACGCCAGGGUCAUGGCGGUGUUGAACCAUGAGCCCUACGUCGUCGAGCUCGGAGUUGUGGCGCAGGUCACCACCUACUACAUGCUAGCAGCCCGCCGCUUCCACGACGCUGUGUGUAUGAGGAUCGAAUCGAAGUUCUUCAAACAGCUUCGCACCCAACUUCGCGAUGAACUUGAGGGUGGGCUGGGCAUGAACGACGGCAGCCAAGCCUACGACAACGCCGUUCGCCUCCUCUCCGAAUCCCCACACCGUUUCAAUCUACGCAAAGAGCUCAGCGGUCAGCGUGACUCAUUGCUCAAAGGCCAAGAGAUUCUGCGCGACCUCCAGAAAAAGAAGUACGGUACCGCCAAGUCUUCUGCCGCAACCAACGGUGGCUCGCACACUCGUCGCUCCAGUGCUUCCGGCGGCAUACCCACACCGGUUUCGGCAGAUAUGGAGGACGUAGAUAUGGCAGGCGUUUCGCGUCACUAG